UAUUGCAAAAGUAUCGUGGCGAACGUCUCUUAGACAUAAUAGAAAAUCAGUGUAAACUAUUAUUUACACAAUUUGAAAUACUAUGGGGCCACCAUUUUUCAUAAAAGCUACAAUAUGUUGCCAUGGUGAAGAAAAGAAAAAUAGUUUGGACUAGCUAACGGUCUCUGUCACAUCGACAAAAACGGCAUUUCACACUGUUAAAUUAUUAUAAAUGGGGAGACGUGAGGUGAGUUUUUACAGAUGGACUGCUUGAAUGCAGUCGUAAUAUGCUCAUCAUGCCCAGAUACGUAGGCAGUGACUUCAUACCCAUUUUUCAGUGCUCGUCCAGUGGCCGUCGCUCCUGUACGUUAGAACUUACGUAGGAAUGGAUAUAUCGCCAAGAAAACGAAUAUGCUAUCAUCUAUUUGCGCUGUAUACGCGUUAAACAUUAAUACAGACAUCUGCGGUGCGCUCACUUACUUAGCUAAUAUUGCUUUUAAAAUCAAGAUGGGCUUUAUCAAAUGAUGAUGGAAGCACGAUCGAUUACAGAUGCACUCUACCAAGGUGGCAACAAUGGCGAAGCAACGUAUACUGUGAUCGUCAUGUAGCCUACUCCUUCCAUAUAGAGGAAUAAUGCUGACAUUGAUGACUGUGGGAUCCUUAAUUACAUUUUUAAUAAUACAAUGAACACCACUGUUACACCAUCAGACCUGGUGGAUAUGCCAAGACAGCAGAACUUCAAUGGCACCGUGGGCACACAGACCCCGUCAGGUUGGGCCAUGAUCCACAAUGCUACCUUAACCUUUUGCUCUCUCCUCCUAAUCUUCAUCUUCUGCCUGGGCUCUUAUGGCAACCUUGUAGUGUUCCUGUCCUUUUUUGACCCAGUGUUUCGCAAGUUCCGCACCAACUUUGACUUCAUGAUCCUCAACCUUUCCUUCUGUGACUUGUUCAUCUGCUGUGUGACUGCUCCCAUGUUUGCACUGGUGCUCUUCCUGGAUGCAGGUGGAGGGGAUGGCGUGUCAAAGAGUUUCUGCUUCGCCUUCCACUUGACCAGCUCGGCCUUCAUCAUCAUGUCCCUGGAGACGGUAGCUGUCAUUGCGUUGCACAGACUGCGCAUGGUGUUGGGGCAGCAGCCCAACCGCACUGCCUCCUUUCCCUGCACGCUGGCCCUCACUGCCCUGCUGUGGACAUCCAGUUUCACCAUGGCUGCCCUCCUUACCAUGCGAGCUUACCCACGUAGAGAUGGACCCUGCUUGCCCCACUUUGGCCUGGGAGGUGGACAGGCCAGGGUUGUGUUGUAUGUCUACCUGGCAGACUUUGCCUUUUGUGUAGCUGUGGUGUCGGUGUCCUAUCUGAUGAUUGCUCAGACACUGAGGAAGAAUGCACAAGUGAGGAAAUGUCCCGUCAUCACUGUAGAUGCCACAUGCCCUCCACCCCCACCUCCUCUCAUUGCGGCAGGCUUUGAGAGCAUGCAGUGUGCUGUUCAAGGCCCCUCUCUGUACCGUAACCAGACUUACAAUAAACUGCAGAACGUUCAGACACACUCUUAUGUCAACAAGACCAGCCAGCCUCUGGUUCCAGGGGCUGCCCAAGGAGCCACCUGCUGUCAGCUGGUGUCUACAGUCAACCUGGCCACAGCCAAAGACUCGAAGGCAGUUGUCACCUGUGUAGUUAUAGUGUUCUCUGUGCUGCUUUGCUGCUUGCCGAUGGGAGUUUCACUGGCACAGGAUGUUUUGUCACCGGAAAGUAACUUUGCACAUUACCAGUUUGAACUGUGUGGCUUUGUGCUCAUUUUUCUCAAGUCAGGCAUCAAUCCCUUUGUGUACUCACGCAACAGUGCAGGCCUCCGCCGCCGUGUGCUAUGUUGUAUUCAGUGGGCGGCACUGGGUUUUCUCUGUUGCCAGCAAAAGACUCGACUACAUGCGAUGGGGAAGGGCAGCUUGGAAGUCAAUCGCAAUAAAUCCUCCCAUCAUGAGACCAACUCAGCCUAUGUGCUGUCACCCAAGCCACAGAGGAGGCUGGUAGACCAGGCUUGCGGGCCCAGUCACUCCAGGGAUUGUGCUGGUAGUCCAAGGGCCACAGGUGUGCGCAAACAUCGCCCCCCCAGUACCUCCACACCCAUCAACACCCGCAUUGAGCCCUACUACAGUAUAUACAACAGCAGUCCCUCUGCAGGGCCCAGCUCCCCCACCAGCCUGCAACCUGUCAGCUCUCAGACAUUUGCCUUUGCCAAGUCUUAUGUAGCCAUGCACUACCACCCUCACCAAGAAGCACUGCAAGACUUUGAAAGCACCUCAGUGCACCAGAUUCCCAUUCCCUCGGUCUAAUCAAAAAGCUGCUAAACUGAAAGUUUGGGACAAUCUCACCAUGACUUUAAAUCAAAUUUGAAUCAAAAGAGGAACAUGAAAACAGCCCAUUUUAUGUAUCUGGAAUCUGUAUUUACCUUUUGUUCUCUUCUACAGUGAAAAUACAUGUUACGUUUUCUUGGGUGGAAAAAUUAAAGAAUCAGUAUCAUAA